CAUUUGUAAUAGUGUGGUUUGUUUCGAAACGUGUUCAGUGUUAUAUCUUCUGUUAUUUAUACAUGCAUUCGGGUGCGGUGGAAAGCAGAUUAACAUCUUUAUUUUGGAUUAUUUUGAGGAUAGAAAAGUUCCAGACUGAGUGCGCUAAAUACGGAAGAUUUGAAAAUAAUUGAGUAUACAGAUCAGUCUGUCAAAUCAGUGAAAUUUUUUUUAACGUGACCUAUUACGAUGGAUCAAGGAUUUCCAGCACAACAUACUACAACGACAACGGUAACGACCACUUCUACCACAACACUAACAAGUAUUCGAUUCGACCCAUCUUACAUAAAAACAUUACCUGGAAUGCUGAAAGUCGCACAGGUGGUCUUAAAUCUUUUAGGUUUCAUAUGCAUUACGGUAACGAGUCAUAGCAAUUUUAGUCGCGGAGCAUGGUUUAACACUGUGGCCAUGGGUGGCUUUUGGUUCACAGGAAUAUUACUCGUUUUCUACUUAUUCCAUAUCGUUGAAAAAUUCUCGAAAAUUCCUUGGCUAAAAAUAGAACUUACAUUUUGCGUACUUUGGACUAUUUUCUAUAUGCUGGCCGCUUCUCUUGCAGCUGGUUAUGCUAAAUAUGUAGAAGCUUUUGGUGCUGCAGCAUUCUUUGGAUUCUGCGCCAUGGUAGCUUACGGUUAUGAUGCCUGGCUCAAGUUCCAUGCCUCAAGAAGCGGUGCCUUAGCGCAAGGACAACAUACACCAAAACAAGUAUCUACGGUAGCGAGUCCUGCGUACUAGUUUCAUCGCAAAAAAUGUGUGACGUUUAGAAGAAUUACACAAAUGGACCAGUUUCAAAACAUAUCUUUGCUUUUAUAGAGGGAGUUUGUUCUCGUAACUCCUAUUCGUGCUUUCGUACGUUCCUCAUUUUAACAGUUGAAUGUGAAAUGCUAACAAAACAAUAACAGACUACAACAGAUUUGAAAUUGACUUCGCUAUCUUUUAUCUACAGAGCGAAUGUAUUCGUUUACGCACGGAAGCACGAUAUUCGAUGAUUUCAUAUUUUUGCGUUACAAGGGAAAGAUAUACAUACUAUUAUAACAUAACGCGUAUUUUUGAAUCUCUUAUAUAUACAUAUACAGUAACUGUACAUUAUUUCGUGAAUUUUUAAAGUCUGUUAAUAUUAAAAGUAAAUAUUUUUAAGAGUUAUUAUAUACAUACACAUAUAUUUGUAUACAUGUACAAGAAAUAUAUGUUUAAUCAGUAUUGUGUUCAUAUUAUAAACGAAUUGUUGAUAUAUUUGUACUCAUUUUAUAUUUAAUUUCAUACGAAUAGCAAUUCCAUCGCAUUCCUGAUUAGAAUGCCAAAUGGACGGAUGGUUACAUUAAUUUAUUUAUGAUUACUCGCGAGAAGAUAAUGUUAGACUGUAUUGUAUAACAAACCAUAUUACAUUUCGUCAUCUACACUUAUUGUUGUGUAUAUUGUAUGAAAAGUCAUAUACCGGUAAAAGUUAGGGAUGAAAGAAUUGCUUAUGUAACUUAUACGCAUGCUUUGAUAAUAUUACGCAGCGUGUUACAUGUAUUUUGUUAUUUUUAUUCGACGAACUCGAUACAGGUACCUACAUUUAUAUAUACACGAUAUAGAAAUACAUACUAACUAAUUCUAAUUACAAAUUUCAAACACAAAGAACACACGAUGACAAUGGUCACGACAAAACUUGUAUUGUAUUACUUGAUCGAUGCUUUACGAAAUAAACGAUUCAAUGUUACUUUAA